AUGUCAUUGAACACGGAGCCUACUUUCUCGACUGCGGAGACUUUGCCACAACCUCAAGUCGCCUCCCUUGACCCAGAAUUCAAUUCGACGGGUUUAGCGCGCAGCGAGGAGUCGGAAUCAAGCAAAGUGCCCGUGUCCUUGCCCGCUGCACCAUCAUCAUCUUUCCAGCUUCUUCAGCAAUGGCAUUCUCAGCCAAGGAAGCUCCGCAUCAUCCAUGUUGGCGCUGGCGCAACAGGCUUGUGCACUGCUUUCAAGUUUGAGCGACAGCUCACCGACUACGAGCUUGUGUGCUACGAGAAGAAUGACGAGAUUGGAGGCACAUGGUUGGAGAACCGAUAUCCGGGAUGCGCUUGCGAUGUUCCUGCUCAUAUCUACACUUACACAUUUGAGCCAAAUCCUUUCUGGAAAUCCUAUUAUGCCGGAUCACCUGAGAUCCACGACUAUUUUAUGCAUUUUUGCGAGAAGUACCAGCUCCGCAAGUAUCUCAAAUUGAAACACAGGGUUUUGUCUGCGGCCUGGCAUGAGGACAAGGGACAGUGGGCCGUUGAAAUCGAGCACGACGGAAAUGUAUUCACCGACUGGUGUGACAUCCUCAUGAAUGGUUCCGGACUCUUGAAUAAGUACAGAUGGCCCGAAAUCGAAGGUUUGAAUACUUUCAAAGGCACGCUAGUGCACUCGGCGAAGUGGGAUCACUCCGUCGACUACUCCAACAAGCGAGUUGCCGUGCUUGGAAACGGUUCAUCCGCUAUACAGAUUAUCCCUCAGCUUCAGGAAGUCGCUUCGAAGGUUGGGUGCUUCAUGAGGGGUAGCACUUGGAUCGCGGCCCCCAUGCCGCGUGUCCCUGUCGAGCUGCCCUCUAAUACCGGAGAAGAAAUCAUCAGAGACAAGGAAGCCGUCCGCCCAAGUAUUGGCCAAUACUUCUACACCCCUGAAGAGAUUAAACGACUGGCCGAUGACCCAGACUAUCUGCUCAACUACCGCAAGAGAAUUGAGUUUGCCAUUAACGAAGGCUUCGCCAUUUUCUACAAGGAUACUGAAGCCUCUAGGAUGGCGUACCAGUACAUGCAAGCUGAGAUGGCCCGGGGACUUGAAAAUGAUCCUGUCUUGACCAAAAAACUCGUCCCAUCUUGGCCAGUGGGUUGCAGACGUCUCACACCUGGAGACGGGUACCUUGAAGCUCUGAUCAAGCCCAACGUCGAAUGCUACUUCACGGAAAUUUCUUCAAUUACGGAGAAAGGGUUGAACACUACAGAUGGCGCUUCUCACGAGGUAGACGCCAUCGUCUGCGCAACCGGAUACGACAUGGCGUGGACACCUCACUUCACUCUUAUCGGCCGAGACGGUGUCAAUAUUAAGGAUGCCUGGAACCCCGAGCCAAAAUGUUAUCUCGGACUGGCUGCUCCCGGCUUUCCGAACUACUUUGUCAUGAAUGGUCCUCGUGGAAACCUUGCCAAUGGCACCGUUCUCCCAUGUCUUGAAACGGAGAUUGACUAUGUGAUUAAGGCUGCCAAGAAGAUGCAGAGCGAUCGCAUCAAGGUAUUGGACGUACGGGAAAGUGUUGUUGACCAGCUUGAUGAGUACAUCGAUGCCUGGCACCAGACGAGUGUUUUCUCGGGGUCUUGUCGCAGUUGGUAUAAGAACAAUAGCGUCGACGGAAAGCCCCGAGUUUGGGGUGGAUCAUCGGUACAUUUCCUAAAGACCAUAAAGACUCCCAGAUGGGAACACUACAAUAUCGAAUACUUGGACGACAAUCCGUGGGCGUUCCUUGGAAAUGGCCGAAUCAAGGCCGAGGUCGAACACAGUUUUGAAGGGCUGACGUCCUAUCUGCGCAAUUCCGAUUGUCCCUGGACUAUUGAAUAA